UCCCUGGAGCCGCGGCCGGCGCGCCCGGCGCUCGGUGUCAGUGGACUGCGUGCCGUGCUGGGGAGACGGGGUGUCGGGCCGCACGUGUCGCGUGUCAGUGCGGGUGUCAGAGUGUCAGACUGUGUCACCUGACCGGUGUAUCGGCCAGUCCAGUCCGUGACCGGGCCGCGCGCCGCCCCAGCUCGGACAGUAUGCCCUCCUACAGCUACAAUGUCAGCGCUCCUCCGGUGCAAACAAUGAGUUACCGGCCGAACGGUGGCUCUGGCCACCCGAACGGACAUCAGAACGGACAUCAAAACGGACACCAGAACGGACACCAGAACGGACAUCACAACGGACAUCAGAACGGACAUGGCCCCUCUGGUCAGUCCUCCUGGAAGAGCAACUACGUGCCAGCCUACAGCAACGGAAAGGACCACGCCCUGCCCCCGGAGCCGCUGGCCGUCGAGCCGAAGGCGGACGUCACUCAGACCCAUGACCGUGGCCAGUGGGGCUCCAAGUGGGAGUUCAUAUUCUCCUGCAUCGGCCUGUCGGUGGGCAUCGGCAACGUCUGGCGGUUCCCCUACCUGGCCUACGAGAACGGCGGCGGCGCGUUCCUGAUACCGUACAUCAUCAUUCUGUUUCUGGUGGGGAAGCCGAUGUACCUGAUGGAGACGGCCAUCGGCCAGUACAGCCAGCUCGGACCCGUCUCCAUGUGGAGGAUGGCGCCCGUCAUGAAAGGCGUGGGAGCGGCCAUGGUGGUGAUGUCAGUCAUCGUGGCCAUCUACUACAACGUCAUCAUGGCCUACACGCUCUUCUUCACGUUCGCCUCCUUCCAGGGAGGAGCGGCGCCCUGGACCGAGUGCCAUGAGUGGUUCGCCGACGACAAGUGUUUUGUGCGGAACGCCUCGUACCCGGCCUGCCAGUAUCUGCUCUCCAAGAACAUCACCGACUUCGUCCCCGAGGUGGACUGCCACACCAAGACGGAGCUGGCCUCCGAGCAGUACUUCAAGAACUAUGUGCUGCGUCUGAAGCCGGACGGUCUGGCCACGCCGGGUGACAUUGGCGACAUCAACUGGCAGCUGGCGCUCUGUCUGCUACUCUCCUGGAUCAUCGUCUUCCUCUGCCUCAUGAAAGGCGUCAAGAGCUCCGGCAAGGUGGUGUACGUGACGGCCACGGUGCCGUACGCCUUCCUGAUCGCCAUCCUGGCCUACGGCUGUACCCUGCCCGGCGCCAUUGACGGCGUCAAGUUCUUCUUCAUCCCCGACUGGGAGAAACUCAAGGACAUCAACGUGUGGCAGAAGGCGGCCGAGCAGAUGUUCUUCUCUCUCAGCGUCUCCUGGGGCGGCAUCAUCAUGUUCGGCUCGUACAACAAGUUCAACAACAAGGUGCACAUCGACGCCAUGCUCAUCUCCUCGCUGGACUUUAUCACGUCCAUCAUCGCCUCUGUGGCCGUGUUCAGCAUCAUGGGCUCGAUGGCGCAGUCGGCCGGCGUCCGGGUGGACGAGGUGGUCAAGUCCGGCCAGGGCCUGGCCUUCAUCGCCUUCCCGGAGGCCAUCGGCGCCGUGCCCGGCUGGCAGCUCUGGUCCGUCCUCUUCUUCCUCAUGCUCUACACACUCGGACUGGACUCGGAGUUUGCUCUGCUGGAGACGGUCACCACGGCCAUCUACGACGCGUUCCCGUCCACGCGGAAGAGCAAGGCGCUGAUUACGCUGAUCGCUUCCAGCAGCUGCUUCCUGAUGGGCCUGCCGUGCGUCUCACAGGCGGGUCCGUACGUGCUGCACCUGAUGGAUACGUUCGGCGGCCUGGGCGUCAUGGUCAUCGCCGUGUUCGAGCUGGUCGGCAUCAUGUGGGUGUAUGGCGUGCGCCGGUUCGCCGACAAUGUGCACUUCAUGGUCGGCUUCCGGCCCAGCCUCUUCUGGAAGGUCUGCUGGGCCUUCGUGGCGCCCGUCAUGCUGGCGGCAAUCUUUGCGUACUCGAUGUACGAGUACGAGCCACCCAAGUACGGCGACUACGAGUACCCCGCGUGGGCUGUGUACGUGGGAUGGGGCCUGGCCGGCAUCUCGCUGGUGCAGAUCCCCCUCUGGGCGCUGCUCACGGUGCUCUACUACCUCUGCAAAUGGAAGCCGGGCCAGGCGUUCCGUCCGCUGCCCAGCUGGGGCCCCGGCGACCGGGACGCCCGCCGCCGGCUGCUGGCCCUCCAGCACCAGGUACAUGGCCGGCCGCACCUGCAUGGUCACGAUAACCCGGGCCUGGAGACGGAGCGGGUAUAGUGCCAGCCGCCACCCGUACUAGGGGACACCAACAGCAGCAGAGAUAUAGGGUCGCUAGGCGCGACAGAGUACCGUCGUGGCUGUGUGAAUUGUUUUUGCGACGGGAAUAUGUGGGACAAGUGAUGGUGCAGCGAUGGUCUGCAUAGUAAGACGGCCGCGGGACGGACGGAACCAGGUAGCACUGCUGAAGACAGUGGCUCCGGGCCCUCUCAGAAGCCGCCGGGACCCGCGACUCAACGGCUGGCACGGUAGUGAGGCAAGAGCGUGAGGUCCCCCACGCUGGACCACACCGUAACCCGUCCCCAAUACCAGCGACUGGUGAGGUGACACUUUGAGCGGCCUUCCCGAGUCACGACGUGAGUCAGUGAGAACAUGGGACGUGACUGAAAGAGACCGGGGCACGUCCCCUGAGUGACGUGCAAAUGUGGGCAAAAAAAGUACAGGACCAGCGUGAGGAAGUGCAACUUUUGAAACUUUUUGAUGACUUUGAACCCUUGUGAAUGAUAACAUAAAGUAGUUCACGUAUGUUUCCAACGCGUCUACUCCUGGCUUGAUCAUAAGCAUUUGUACCCUCUAAAUAGGAAAGAAGUCAGCUGUAGUCAUCGAGAACGCCAAGCAUCUCUUUGAACAUGACAUUGAACCACCGGCAGAUAUUUUAGCGUACUGACCACUGUGUACGAAGAGCACGCUAGCUCUUUUUACGACGAAUGCUCAACCCAUGCUGAGACCAACAUAGUUCUUUAGCAAUGAACGCGAGCAAAGACCACGAACCCGUCCAAUCAGUACGUGAAUGUACGAUGUUCUGUGAAACUCCGUCCGUUCGUUUUACACCAGAUGUAUGUAUGUAUACCUGCAUGUGAAUAAUUGGUAAAGCAUGACGAAUAAAUGCACAUAUUUUGUCAA